AUGGUUAAAACCCGAACUAAAUCCAGAGUUCGAACAUAUCUCAACUCCAAUGCCACCAAAUUGUCUCCCGAAAAUAUCCAAAAAAUAAGGGACAUGGAGGCAAAAAAGAUACCAAAUAGAAAACGCAAAAUAUGUAGAGAUUAUAAAAUCGGUAGUGAUAGAUAUGAUGAUAUUGUAAAUGGUCGGAUAUAUCCUCAUCCACCUGGAAUAGAAAUGGCUUUUAAUGACUCAUCUAUCUCGACACCCCAACUAGAAAUCUCUCCUAAGCAUAGCUCAUCAAGUGUUGGAAAUUCUGAGCAAGUAAUUCAUUCGAGCGAACCAGUGUCAAAAAAGACUAGCAGAAAAAAGAAGGACAAUUCUAGUGCGGAAUUAUCUAAAGGUGGAAAUUUAUCGGAAUCGAAAACCGUACAUCAUUCUAUCUUAAAUAAUCAGUCUACCUUAUCAGUGCCAGAAAAUGAAGCGCAAGCCAGAAUGUCACAAUUGCGAAAAUAUGCUAAAGAGCUUCAAGCUGAAUCCUGA